AUGGAACAUCUCAUAAUGCAACCUAAAAUAUCCAAAAAUACUUCAAAUGAGGCUUUCGGAGUUGAUUUGAACUCAAAAAAAAGCUUUGAAGACGCAGCAAAAAGCUUGACUGAUCAUGUACAAAAGAAAAAGAAAGUUGAUACAGGCCUUUUGUCUACAGCUGAUGCAAUUUCAAUAUCAAAAAAACUAAAGCAUUCCCUAAGCCGGCUUGAAAAAAUGCCUCCAGCUUAUUCGCAAGCAUCAACAACCGAUCCAAGUAAAUUUAUUGUCAAUGAAAAACACAAGUUUUCAUCAGUCCGACACAGGCCCUCUUUCAGCUUUGGAAGUUCUCCUCCGCUCCCAAAGCCUCUUACAAAGCGAAAAAGUAUAAAGCUGCAUUUACAGCUUUCAGAAAUAAAGAAGCUAAAUAAAACACCAGUAUCAGAAAAUAAAAAAUUUGAAUUGCCAAUAAGCACUUUUGUAACUGGCUCUACUUGUACUUUUAGGCCUACCUCUUGCGAUUUAUAUCAAACCACUGCAAAUUCACCAAGAAAACCCAAAACAACAAGAAAUUGCUCCCAAGUAUGCCUUGAUACAAUAAUUAAUGAAUGCCAAGAGCUCGUAAAUUCGAAUAGAAAAGAGACAGGCAGGAUAAUAGAAGAAGAUAAAUUUAUUAAAUCAGCUUUUAAAAGGCUGAAUAAAUGUGUGGAGAAACCAAGAGAGAAUUUAAACAAAGAAUAUAUUCAUGAGUUUGUGAAGGAUUUCAAGUCAGAUAAAAUCGCUUUUGUAUAUGGAAGAGGGAACCAAGGGCUUUAUCUAACUCCCCCCCUCCGUGAGUGAGCAAAAAAAUUAUGUUCACUCAUGGAGGGGGAUUAAUUUUUUUUUUUUUAAACAAUUUUUAUAUAAAUUUUAUAGAAAAUUUUUUUUUUUCGAAAUUUAAAAAAAUCCUAAUUCGCAAAAAUUGGAAAGCAAAUAUUAAUUUAAUUUAUAAAAUUUAUGUUUUAAAAAGCAAUUUGUUUAAAAUUAAACAGAAUUAGCUCUAGAUUUCAUUAUACUAAUUAUCACUUAUAUAUCAAAAAUUUUUUUUAUUAAAACAAUUUUUGUUCACUCACGGAGGGUGGUUUUUUGGGCAAAAAAUAGGGAUUUUUCUAAUGGUUUUGUUCACUCACGGAGGAGGGAGUAAGAUCUUCUAAAAAAGAACUGAUUAAAUUGCUAUAG